AUGGAAUUGUUGAAGCGCGUCUAUUUGUUACAAUAUUCUGAUCUCACAAGAAAGGUGCUACGGUCUAAAAGCCUGGUUCAAGUCCAAGCGCAAUCGCGAAGAUGGGUACGGACUGAUCAAUGCCUGAAGUUUGGUAACAUCCCGUCGUCCUUGCACCUCCGCGUGGUGGUGGUGUGCUGCUGUGCCGCAUGCUCGCCGUUCUCGCCGCAAUCCAAGGGGUCCGAGUACGAGAGUGGAUUCUUCGCACACGUACGACACCAUGCCGCCGGGUCGAGUCGGACGUUGACUGGUGAACACUACUCUUGGCGCAAAUUUGGAGUUGCUAAAUCCAGCGCAGGAACAUCCUUGACGACAACCGCAAAAUUGGGCGAUGCAUCACCUGGCCUGGGGAAGAAGUCUUUAUCAGGGGUUGGCCCAAUCAUUGUCCUCACUUUGUCAUCUCAUUGGGAGGGAACUAUUCCCAUCUUCCGAGGUCUCCGCAUUGCCGGAUGGAAUUUGCUCCCUGCAUGUCCUCGGCCGUCGACUUGCAUAGUUCGGUCUGAAGAAACGAGACCCAUGGGAAUCCUACUCGAAGUCCGCGCAGUAUUGAAAGACUCGAUUUUAGUAUUGAUCGUCCUGGGCCUUCGGGAACUUCAAACGGGAGAUUGGGCAAGAGCACGUGGCGGCUGUACCGAAUCGCUCUGGCGAAUCGCCCAGGACUGUGGCGAUAUCAACUUUGCAAUCCUAUAUGCUCAAGCCAGAAAACGCCAUCUUGAGCGAUCUCCCACAUGGCUGCUGAAUCGGUCAGCAAAAAGUUCUCAUUUCCACAUGUCUCGCGCCAUCCACACCUUGGAGACCGCGCUUUCCAGCUUUUGGGGCCAAAAACCCACCAUGUUGGACACACAUCAUGUCGGCCUGACGGCCCUGCGUAACGGCGCACACCGUUUGGCUAGCCGCUCCUACAUCACGCGCAGCUCGAUGCAUCACUCGCUGAAUUGA